AUGGCGAGACCACUCAGAUCAGUCCUGACCAUCGCAGGAUCAUCCCUCGCAGGCCCUUCACGAGUCUCCUCGAGAGCAAGAGCUCCUGUCCAGGUCAGAACAGCAUGGAACAUGGCAGACUUAUCCCGUAAUCUCCGUCUCCCCUGGUCAAAAGAAAACGCCACCACUUCCACCACCGACGAACCCCUUCCAGCCCAGAUCACCGACGAGCCCACUUCUUCCUCGGACGCCCAGGGCAACCUGUUCGACUCUGUCACCGCCCCCGUCAAGGACUCUCCCAAAAACAAAAAGAAGCUCGCCAAGCGUGGCACAAACUUUGAAUGGACCGAACAUUCCUACUCGUCUGCCCCGCACAAGAUUUCACCGCGAAAGCUGAAUUUGCUCUCGAGGCAGAUUGCGGGCUUGCCGGUGGAUGAGGCGAUUGUGCAGAUGCAAUUCUCGGAGAAGAGGGCGAGUAAAUGGGUCAAGAGCACGUUGGCGUUGGCGCGAGAUCAUGCGAUGGACAAGAAUUUGAAGAGGGACAAGCUUGUUGUCUCCGAGGCUUGGGUGUCGAAGGGUCAAAAGAUUGGACGUAUCGACAUCAAGGGUCGAGGAAAGUACGGUAUCUUGCACCACCAGUCUGCGCGUAUCCACGUUGUCCUUCGUGAAGGCUCGACUGUCGCCGAGAAACAGCAGAUCCAGUACGACAAGGCCAUCCGUAAGGUCAGGAGUGCGGGGCAAGUGCGAGAGGAUACCCCUUUGAGAAGGAAGGUGGUCAGCGGGUGGACUUGGUAG